CUAAAAUUUAACCUCAAAAACAAGUGUCAGUUCGAAUUUUCACGAGAAAAUAGUAUGCCGCUUGGAAAAUUCGGGAAAAUUACUCUUUCGUGGGUAAUUAUAACAGUAACGAGUCUCUCACUGUUUGUGCUGUCGAAGAACUCCAUAAAUGACCGCCGUAUUGAGAAUAUGAAAGCACGGGAGCGCAUGCGCAGGUCCAAUAUUGGAGAAUACGAAAACCUGUACAGGAAGACUGCGUGACAUAACAAAUAAACAAUGGCGGUCCCUCAACUGGAUCCCGCGAAGCUGCAGCUCGUUCAAGAAUUGGAAAUUGAGAUGAUGUCAGACAUGUACAACCGGCUUGUC